UUAACUAUCACAACACAAGUGAAAUAGUGUUCGAGGCAGGGUUACAAGUGGAUUUUAAAAUACAAUUAGCUGAAAAGAAGAUGUAAGGACAGAAAAGCUUGAUGUUUCAGAACCAUAUUCAAUAUGCAUCUGUAGUCUGGACUUUGAGCGACUGGGUCAACAAUGGUCCGUUACCUCAGCAUCAAUUUAAGGUCUAUGGACAGGAGUUUGAGAUCAUACUGUAAAAUGAGAUACCUUAUAGUUCUCUUCAGAAGGUCCCCACAUUCAGGCCAUGAAGCACUCCACCUCCGUAGAUAUUCAUUAUUAUCACCUCAUCUUUCCAGAUUUGAACAAAGAGCUAUUUUUACACAUUUUAAUCUGUGUAAAGGAAUCGUUCUUAGGGUUUUUUCCAAAGAAAUAAGUCAUCUGCAGAUUGUGCGAUGCUAUUCGUCCUCAGACAGGCAUGCUUUCAAAGCUCACGCUCCUAUUGGGGUCAUUGAGGACACACAGAACAGUGUUAAGUUAGCCUCUCUGGGAGGACCCCUGGGUCAAUCUUUUUAUCGGUUGUCCAGACAUAUUAACUUUUAUUUCAAGAACAAGGAUACUGUGCCCAUAGCUGAAAAUGGCGGUGAUGCUGUCACAACUCCGACAUAUCUUGGUGUGAGACAAAAGCGUUUUCAAAGUCAGCAGGCAGCUGGAAACAUUACAUCCAAAGGCAAAGACAGAACAGAACCCUUGAAGGAAAGGAAGGAGAUCUUGGAUCUUGAGGUCCAGAAUAAAUCUGGACUGCAACUUUUUCACAUCAGUUCUUUGGCGACAAGAUUUGGCGAGAGCUACAAUUACGUCGCCAGUCAUAUUAACUCCGUCUUCUCUCAGGGUUUUUCCAAAGUGAAAGUUGCAGAGAAAGAUGAAAUCAUGUCUUCAACCACAGGGUCCAACAGAAGACAGAAAAGGAGAAACAUACAUAGUAAUCGCAUCAUAACUUUCAGAGAGAGUGGAAUAAAAUCAAGUAUGGAGCAGGCAACAGUGGAACCUAACCAUGGCAACAGCUGGGAGGAUAGCUACCGUCACUUUGCAAGACACAUCAACAGUUACUUUGGUGCAAAAGUUGCUGAUGAUGCUAGCCAUCAGAAUCCAACUGAAGCAACUCUACAGUCUAAAUCACAGAAAGACAUUAAUGAACACCUCAACAACCCUGAAACUGACUUUUUCCACAACACCCAUAACUCAACCAAUUUUGGGGAGAAUCAUUUCCAGAUGUCAAGUCAUAUUAAUCAGUAUUUCAAGGUGUCCAGCAGGUUGGAGGACACAGGCACAAAUCUCCAAAAUGCGACAAACUCGCUCAAUGCAGACAGAAAGAAGACUUUCCCCUUCAUGGACUACUUCCGUCUCCCCACAAAAGCCAUACCUGACCUGCUGGGGGCUUACCUGAAUCAGGACCGUCUGUCCAUGACCAGAAAGCCUGCCAUGACAUCGCCAGGAGCCGGGUUGAAUAAAAAGCUUGUUGUAAGCCAGAAGCAGGCAGAAGAACUAGUACAUGGGUUGAUCCAAGGCCUGAGGCAGGCUUCCUCUGUAGAGGCCCUGACGACCUUUGUGGAGGCGCUGAAUGACCACCUGAUCCGUUACCCAUCAUGCAAAGCUUUAAUGUGGCAGGAAAAAACAGCUGUUACAUUACUGAGACAGCGGCGGGUCUAUGGAAACAACCAGGUUCUUCAGAGUGCCAUAAGAGAAGCUUUGGCUCUUAUUGGCUAUGUUGACCCGGUCAAAGGGCGUGGCAUCAGAGUGCUUUCUAUUGAUGGUGGUGGUACAAGAGGUGUGGUGCCUCUGCAGGUAUUAAAAUUACUGGAAGCAGAGACAGGAAAGAAGGUCCAUCAGCUGUUUGACUACAUUUGUGGGGUCAGCACAGGUGCUGUGUUGGCCUUCAUGCUUGGCCUGGCCCAUUUUUCCCUGGAGGAGUGCGCUGACAUGUAUCGCCGCUUUGGCUCUGAAGUAUUCCGUCAGAACCGUUUGGUUGGCACGGUGAAAAUGGGCUGGAAUCACUCUUACUAUAACACAGAGACUUGGGAAACCAUACUAAGAGAGAAGCUUGGUGAUAGAGUGCUCAUCAAAACAGCCAGUGAUGAGUUGAGCCCCAAGGUUUCAGCUGUCAGCGCAGUGGUCAACUGGGGCAACAGUCCAAAGGCCUUCGUCUUCUGCAAUUACAACCAUAAACCAGGAUCUCUGAGCCGCUAUCCAGGAGGUUCUGGCUACCCCAUGUGGCAGGCAGUGCGAGCGUCUUCAGCCGCUCCGGGAUACUUUCAGGAAUUCCCCUUGCAAAGUGAUAUCCACCAGGAUGGAGGUAUUAUCAUGAACAACCCCUGUGCCUUAGCUGUACAUGAGAGCAGACUAUUGUGGCCCCACCACCCAUUCCAGUGUGUGCUGUCCCUCGGCACCGGUCGCUAUGACAACCCAAAGAGAGGCCCUACAACUUCCACCAGUCUGAGGGCUAAAAUCAGUAACCUGAUUAGCAGUGCAACCGACACUGAAGGCGUCCACACACUUUUAGAUGACCUGCUGGCCCGCGAUGUCUAUUUCCGCUUCAACCCCAUGCUGAGUGCUGAGGUGACCCUAGACGAGAGCCGGCCGGAGGCCCUGGACCAGCUGGAGAGAGACACCCAGGUCUACCUAGAGAGAAACCGGCUAAAACUGGCUCGGCUCUGUUUGGUGCUCGGGGCAGAGCGAUCGGCUGUUGGCAGAACCAAGGACUGGAUCAGUGAGAGGACCUGGGUGAUGAAGCAGAGAUGGAUGUAAGGUUGUGUUCACCCUUGUCAAGUUUGGUUCAGUCAAAAUUGCUCUGCUGGUACAGAUUAUUUAGUCAAAUGUGAACCUUGGGGUGAACAAACAAGCAGACUAAAAUUGUUUGAGAGAUGCAUCUCAGUCCGGUUCAUUUGGGAAUGGUGGUAUA